CCAUCUUUUUCUUUCUUGUCUUCUAACAACUUCCCUUUCACGAGCUCUUUUCUUCAAAAAUAUCCGUCCAUUUUCUAAAAGGUCCAUGGAUUUUGGUCUCGGACUACAUAAUCCAUCUGAGUUUUUUUUAACAAAAAAGAAAAGAAAAUCAAAUUCUGUCUGUUAUGGCAAGCAAAUCACGGAAACUUAUGCUCGGUUUUGUCUGUUUGCUACUCUUCCUGGGGCCAUCUUCCCAGCUAGACAGAUUAUUGCAAGGACAGGAGCACAAGGAUGGGGAUGAAUUAGUUUCUGCUCAAGGAAACUUUAAACUAGGAUUCUUCACGCUUGAAAGUAAAAACUACUACUUAGGAAUAUGGCUCAACGACAACAAUACACGCCUUCAAAAUUUAGUGUGGGUUGCCAAUCGAGAUGCUCCAAUCUUUAACAAUUCUGGAAGUCUUACCAUUGAUGAUUAUGGGAACUUGAAAAUUUCAUACAAUGGGAGUCUUUCUAUUGUACUAUAUUCCGGACAAGAAGCAAGUAAUGCAAGUGCUGUUCUACUUGAUACUGGUAAUUUUGUACUGCACGAAACGAUUUCAGAGCGACAAUUGUGGCAAAGCUUUGAUUAUCCUACUAAUGCACUUGUGCCAGGAAUGAGACUGGGAGUUAACUGGAAAACGGGACAUACUUGGUCUCUAACAUCAUGGAGAGGCGUGCUGGUACCUGCAGCAGGGUCCUUUACCCUUGCUCUGGAACCUUACCUUAAUCGAUUGGUCAUCUUGUGGCGCGAGAGCCUCUAUUGGACUAGUCCUAGUGUGCAUUUCAACUCAACUUCGAUGGGACUAACAUUGCAUGGCUACAAUUUUAACUACAUAUCGAAUGUGAAUGAAACGUACUUAAAUUACACUGGUGUGGAAGAAAAUUACAUGGAAGAAAAUUACAUAACACGAGUUAUUCGACCACUAAAGAUAGAUUACUUCGGAAGACUUUCUGAUGAGUUUGACACUCUAGUUGAUUGUAAUUUUACUAAUUUUUUUACAAAUCAGUUUACAUUAUUCCAGUUUAUUAUCGGAUGUAAGGCGCAGUGCAGGAGUCAUGAUGAUACACUUACUCCAGUUUCCAGUUCCAUGAAGGAUGGAUUCAAGUUUGAUGAAAGUGACAACCUGACCCGUAAGGAUUGUGAGGCGAAGUGCUUCCACAAUUGUUCUUGUGUUGCUUAUGCAUCUACAAAUCAGGUUGCCCAAACUGGUUGUGAGAUUUGGAGAACAACCGAUAGAUUUAUUGGAUUUUCAAAUCCUAAUGCACGGACAAUAUACUUCCUUACUUCAGCACUUGCAAAAAUUAAAGAAAACAGGAAGGCAAAUAGGUCGCAAGUGACCAAGCGGUGGAUAUGGCUCAUCGUGGCAGUAGGGUUAAAGUUGAAAUCCAUGUCGCGCUCCCAACCGAACAGCUCCAUCAAGGUCGAUCUUUUCUGAUCUUUUAGAGGCAGAAUUUUUGGGAACAGGGCUAUCAAACCUGAACGCACAUCGUGUGGCGUGCGUCAUGCACAACAAACUUUCAACUUUAACCCUACAACUAACUACAUUUCAAGUCUGUUGCUGCACCCGUGACCUGUAUCUACAUUUAAUAUCACUGAAUCACUGACAAUGGAAAUAUAGUAUUAAGAUGAGAAUGUUUCAUCUACAAUAUUUUUACUA